AUGUCGAGCCCUAUAGGGUUGAGGCCAUUGGCCUCUGCCUACGAGAGCCCGACCUUUGGUGAAGAUAGCUCAUUUCAUGUCGAGCAGCCGGUUGGCUCUAUGUCAAUAUCUCCAUGCGGCAGAGAUGUUGUACUUGCCUCAAAGGAAGGCCUCCAUAUAAUUGACCUGGAUAGUCCCUACUCUCCACCUCGAUACCUUCCCCACCACACUCCCUGGGAAGUGGCAGAUGUUCAGUGGUCCCCCUUUGCCGCGCGAGACAGUUGGGUUGUGAGCACAUCCAAUCAAAAGGCCCUAGUUUGGAACCUAGCAAUGAAAUCGACACAAAACUCCAUUGAAUACGUCUUGCAUGAGCAUUCUCGAGCCAUUACAGAUAUAAACUUCUCCGCCCACCAUCCUGACAUCCUAGCCACGUGCGCCGUAGACAGUUUUAUUCACUGCUGGGAUCUACGGUCUCCAGCAAGGCCGGUAAUAUCAUUUUCUGACUGGUUUGCCGGUGCAACUCAAGUCAAAUGGAACAGACAGGAUCCUCACGUCAUUGCAAGUUCGCAUGACAGGCUCCUUCGGAUUUGGGAUGACCGGAUGGGUGCUCGUCCACUGCGUACUAUUGUGGCACAUAAUACAAAAAUUUACGGCCUUGAUUGGAACCGGACCCGCCGAGAGGCGUUGGUGACUUGCUCGUUGGAUAAAACCAUCAAAUUUUGGGAUUAUUCCGUUGCGGAGGAUAUUCCGGAAAAGAUCAUUCAUACUCCGUUUCCCGUUUGGCGAGCUAGAAAUACGCCAUUCGGAUGGGGCGUUCUUGCCAUGCCGCAACGCGGGAAUAGUGAUUUACAUCUCUAUGGCCGGAAAAGAAGUAAUGAUGGCGGUGAUCCGCCACGGGUUCAUAGCUUUCCAGGCCACAGGGGCCAAGUCAAAGAAUUCCUUUGGAGAUCGAGAGGUACAGUUAUGGAUGGUUUAGAUCAUCGUGAAUUCCAGCUUGUGUCCUGGGGCACAGAUAGGGAGCUGCGAUUGCAUCGAGUAAACCCAGAGAUUCUGGCGGGAGUUGGAUACGAAAUCGGAAAGUCUUUCAAUCCCUCUCUAAAUCUGACGCGAAAAGGCGCUGUCUACAAAACAUUCCACGACGAUCCACGACUAGAGGACAGCGCUGAGCAAAAGGGUAUUCCUCUGGGAGCCCAAACUUCUGGGCACCAUCGAUCGCUAUCAACUGUAGGUGUUGGACCCAGCAGCGUCUCCAUGCCUUACUAUCGUAGCUGGAACCGAGGAGGAACAAUGGGAUCUGCAGUUGGUGUGCAAGGGCGUUCCUCUCUUCGUGCUGACAUGAAUCCUAUUUCCUGGAUGCGGGGUGUUAAGAUAUCGGGAUGGGAAGUGGAAACGCUGGGAGACGAGAUUACUCAUGUUGGUGAAAAGUUCACAAAGGUUUCUUUCGAAUCUGUCAAUAUCGGACAACGCAAAACGACGGUUUCCAUGCAUGGGCCUUGGGGUCCCGACCACAUUAACCUUUUUAUAAAGGUUGACAUUCAAUUCCCACCUGACUAUCCACGAGCUUCGGUCCCCGUAUUUACGGUGCAGAAAACCAGCUCAGUCACUGCACAAUUGGCCUCGACGAUCACGGCAGGGCUACGAACUAUAUCUGAGACAUACCUCGCUCAGAAGCGAGGAUCCCUUGAGGCGGCUAUCCGCUACCUCCUGGGAGAACACAAUGUCGAGGAGAGUGUGGCGUUUGUGGGACGUCAAUUCGGAGAGGCGUUGAAGUCCCCUGACCUGCUUGAUGGCGAUGAAUCCAGCGAUGAAGAUGAAGAAAACGGGCAAUUCCGUGCCUCUCAACUCGGACUAAGCGCUUCUGAGAUGCUCCGGCCAGUUAAUGCGAAUGUCAUGGUGCCAGUAUAUAAAACAUGCGGGGCGUUAUGGACCAACGAUGGCCGGCUUGUGUGCUUUUUCCCUCCCAAAAAAGAGAAGACGUCAGCGUUUAUGGGUUCCAUGGGACUUAGUGAUAUGAGACUUGCACGAGGCGACAGGGUUUUUGAGGCCUUUGGCCGAUUACAGACAAGCUCACUGGGCCCAAAACAUUCGAGCGGUGUUGGGACUGGUAGGGGCACUAUCACGGAUGAUGGAGUUUCUGACUAUUCGGACGAUUCGUCUGCCGACUCUUCGAGUUCAUCAGGCUCAUCAGAUCUCCUCGGAAAUCUCCCUCCUCAAUUCCAUGGGCCGAAUACUUGGAGAAGUGGAAGUUUGGGAUUCUAUCGCUCAAGGUCCACGGAAAAUUCUCAAAAAUCUACAACAGGGGUUGGUACCGUGAAGUCAUCAUCAGACAACACACACAAUAUCAUCCAUAUUUACGAUCUAUGUGGUCUUUUACCAGCCAAAAGAGAGCUCGCCAAGGAAUAUCAAGUAUUUGGCAACCCUGCAGAAGUGUGCACCCAUAACAUGGCAGCUGCUACCGGCCUGGGGCUGUUUGAUGUAGCCCAUGCUUGGGGUCUCGUUAGGUUAAUACUACAAAACGAGCUUUUUCCAGAUCCUGUCUCUAGUGGUGAUUCUGUUGAAGUUGCACGAAAGGUCGUCAUGCGUGACAUGCAACGCAAGAAUAGCGUUGUGGAUUUGAGCUUCGAUAAAUUCACACGGAGAAAGCCAUCCAGCAGUUCUCGCCCAGACAAAGUAAACUGGGGAGAGCACCCUCUUGGCGGUCGUUGGCUCAUUCCAACUCUAUUCAACUACUUCGAGCGUUUGGGGGACAUCCAGAUGUUGGCGAUGCUCUCUUGCAUUUUAUAUGAACCAGAGUCUAGCAUGGAUCCGAGCCAGAUGGGGAUCCGUGGGGUCAGACGAUCAUCAGUUAUUGUGCACAACCCCCCGCUAGUCCUGGAUAGCAGUUCACCAACAGGAAACCUCCGCGGCAAAUGUCAAGAAAUACCACGACUCACAUCGUUGCCCAAGGCUUCUACCCACGUCGUUUCGGCUUCUCAAAGUUCUGCUUGUUCUUCGACAGAACAUUGGCAUGUCGGCACGCCGCCAAUAUACUCAACUGGAAGCACGCCUCCUCAAGGAGCCCAACUGAGCAGACAACCCUCUGGCCGAAAGUCACAGUCACAGGUUAUGUCAUUGUCAGGAUCACCGGAUCAUCAUUCUAACCCUCGCUCCGUUUCCGGCCUGGGAACCACUCUGGCUUCUUCACUCUCGCGGUCUUUUACGUUUGGACCUUCAGGAUCAUCAUCACCUCCAGGUAGUGGUAACAAGAAGCGCACAAGUCCCGCAAGCAGCUUAAAUAUGCAUGGUCCUACUAGGUCGGCUGCUGGUGGCAUUUUCGGAAAACCUGCAUCAGCAAUUCCAGACCAUUUAACCGCAUCGACUAAUGCAACGUCACAACCCCAUUCUGAUUCUGAAAGCGAAAGGCCCACAUCACCCAAGUCUAAACCACCAAAGGGCGUGAGAGUAGUUUUGAAAAAUCAGCAUAUGUUCGAUAGUGCUAAUCAUGCUUACGUACCCCUCCUUGAUCAGCGUCACAAACAACUUUUCAAGGCUUAUCGAGCCGCAUAUGCUGACUUGCUGUUUGUUUGGGAUAUGCCCAUAGAACGCAUGGAGGUGCUCAAAAUCGACGGUAUCACUAGUAGUCGCCCCGACAUGUAUCGCCUACCCCGCUCGAAAUAUCAUGAUAAGCGAAUGUCGGACUCCGACGGACGUGAUUCGAGACCGCUAGCCGCAAUUCGUUCUCAAGAAAGGAAACCUUUCGAGAAUAAUGAAGGCUUGGAUAUACAACGAAAUUGCGCCAAAUGUGGAUGUGGUCUUCACAUUUCCGCCUUUGCAAUGUCCGACUUAGCAAAACCCAGCCGCAGGAGUAAAGCACGAGGGGGUGAUUCGCCUGCAAUUCAAUGUCCCCAAUGCAGACUUUCACAACCAAUCCCCGCCAAGCUAUCAUGUGUUGUUUGUGGCGAGGUCAUCGAUGGGAUGUUUACUCCGUGUUUAAAUUGUGGGCAUGUUUCAUGUGUCGAAUGUCAUCAGAACUGGUUCUCAACACAACCUCGCUUUGCCAGAGCAAAAAGGACGACUACUAAUCCAUUCUGCCCAAGUGGCUGCGGCUGCAUUUGUUCCAACCAUAUCGUAAUCAAGGUACCUAUACCAUCACCUCCGAAUAGAUCACCCUCAGAGAAAAAGUAUGCUACGGUCAAUGAAUCCCCAUCGCAUCGAAGUCGGUCGCAGCCUGCUCGUCGAGAUCGUCGCCGGAGCACGGGAGUUGCCGUUAGCAAUCCCAGCUCUAGACGCGAUGCAGAUGCAGACCCCGAUAACAAGUAUAGUUUGCCCUUCAUCUCGCAGGUCACGCGCGGUCUUAAUAUUGAUCUCCAUCCGAAAAAGUAUUCCUCGAGAAAACCUGGCACUUAUUUUUCUGAUAGAAAUAGAGUUUGUAAAUGCACUGGUUGA